AUGCAGGCCCACGAGCUGUUCCGCUACUUCCGGAUGCCGGAGCUGGCCGAUGUGCGGCAGUACGUGCGCACGCUGCCCACCAACACGCUCAUGGGCUUCGGCGCCUUCGCCGCGCUCACCACCUUCUGGUACGCCACGCGGCCCCGCGCCCUGAAGCCGCCCUGCGACCUCUCCAUGCAGUCGGUGGAGGUGGCGGGCAGCGGCGGCGCGCGGAGGUCCACGCUCCUGGAGGGUGACGAGCCCAUGGCCUUCUUCUAUGACGACGUCAGAACGCUGUACGAAGGUUUCCAGAGGGGAAUCCACGUGUCCAAUAACGGCCCUUGCUUGGGCUCUCGGAAGCCAGACCAGCCCUAUGAGUGGCUUUCCUACAAGCAGGUGGCGGAUAUGUCGGAGUGCGUGGGCUCGGCACUGAUCCAGAAGGGCUUCAAGGCCGCCCCCGACCAGUACAUCGGCAUCUUCGCCCAGAACAGACCUGAGUGGGUGAUCAUUGAGCAGGGAUGCUUUGCUUUCUCCAUGGUGGUCGUUCCCCUCUAUGACACCCUGGGGACUGAAGCCAUCACUUACAUAGUCAACAAAGCUGAACUCGCCCUGGUUUUUGUGGACAAGCCAGAGAAGGCCAACCUGCUAUUGGAUGGUGUAGAAAACAAGCUGACCCCCUGCCUUAAAAUCGUGGUUCUCAUGGACUCCUACGGCAGCGAUCUGUUGGAGCGCGGCAAGAAGUGCGGGGUGGAGAUAAUCAGCAUGAAGGCCAUGGAGGACCUGGGAAGGGCCAACAGGAAGAAGCCCAAGCCUCCAAAACCUGAGGACCUUGCAGUCAUUUGUUUCACAAGUGGAACCACAGGCAACCCCAAAGGAGCAAUGAUCACUCAUCGAAACAUAGUGAGCGACUCCUCGGCGUUUGUGAAAGUGACAGAGAACUUUGUCAAUCCCACUCCAGAUGAUACUCUCAUCUCUUUCUUGCCUCUUGCCCAUAUGUUUGAAAGAGUUGUCGAGUGUGUGAUGCUGUGCCACGGGGCGAAGAUAGGAUUUUUCCAAGGAGAUAUCAGGCUGCUUAUGGAUGACCUCAAAGUGCUUCAACCCACCAUCUUCCCCGUGGUCCCGCGGCUGCUGAACCGGAUGUUCGACAGAAUCUUCGGGCAGGCGAACACCACGCUGAAGCGCUGGCUCCUGGACUUCGCCUCCAAGAGGAAAGAAGCGGAGCUGCGCAGCGGCAUCAUCAGAAACAACAGCGUGUGGGACAAGCUGAUCUUCCGCAAAAUACAGUCGAACCUGGGAGGGAAGGUGCGGCUGAUGAUCACAGGGGCCGCGCCCGUGUCUGCCACGGUGCUGACGUUCCUGCGAGCCGCGCUCGGCUGUCAGUUCUACGAAGGCUACGGGCAGACAGAGUGCACGGCCGGCUGCUCCCUGUCCAUCCCGGGAGACUGGACGGCAGGCCACGUCGGCGCCCCCAUGCCUUGCAACCUGAUAAAGCUCGUGGACGUGGAGGAGAUGAACUACCUGGCUGCCAAGGGCGAGGGCGAGGUGUGCGUGAAGGGGCCCAACGUCUUCCAAGGCUACCUGAAGGACCCGGCCAAGACGGCCGAAGCGCUGGACAAGGACGGCUGGCUGCACACGGGGGACAUCGGGAAGUGGCUGCCGAACGGGGCCCUGAAGAUCAUCGACAGGAAGAAGCACAUAUUCAAGCUGGCGCAGGGGGAGUACAUCGCGCCCGAGAAGAUCGAGAACAUCUACCUGCGCAGCGAGCCGGUGGCCCAGGUGUUCGUGCACGGGGAGAGCCUGCAGGCCUUCCUCGUGGCCAUCGUGGUGCCCGACGCCGAGACGCUGGGUCGCUGGGCGGGGAAGCGGGGCCUGUCUGGGUCCUUCGAGGAGCUGUGCCGCAGCAAGGAGGUCAGGAAGGCCAUCUUGGAGGACCUGGUGCGGCUGGGGAAGGAGUCCGGCCUGAAAACAUUCGAGCAGGUCAAAGGCAUCGCGCUGCACCCCGAACUGUUCUCCAUCGAGAACGGCCUCCUGACCCCCACGAUGAAGGCGAAGAGGCCGGAGCUCCGGAACUACUUCCGGCCGCAGAUAGACGAACUCUAUUCCACCAUCAAGGCCUAG